AUGGUGACGGGCGGCUCGCAGAGGCGCCGAGGAACCAAAAAGGGAGCAAGAAAUGCAGCCCUUCCAUCUGUUGCUCUUUAUUAGGUGCAGCAGAUUUUGUCAGAAUUUCACCUUGAGAAAGAGGAGCUGCUGGAAGUGAUGCGGAGAAUACAGCAGGAAAUGGAGAAAGGUCUGCGGCUUGAAACUCAUAAAACAGCCAGUGUCAAGAUGCUGCCUACUUACGUACGUUCUACACCAGAUGGCUCAGAGGUGGGUGAUUUCCUGGCGCUGGAUCUGGGAGGCACAAAUUUCCGCGUGAUGCUGGUGAAAGUAGGCGAAGAUGAGAACCGGAGUUGGAAAAUUAUAACCAGUAACCAGAGGUACUCCAUUCCAAUUGCUGUCAUGACUGGCACAGCAGAAAUGCUCUUUGAUUACAUUGCGUUGUGUAUCUCCAACUUCCUGGACCAACACAACAUGAAAGACAAGAAGCUGCCACUGGGAUUCACAUUCUCAUUUCCUGUCCGUCAUGAGGAUAUUGACAAGGGGAUCCUUUUGAACUGGACGAAAGGGUUUAAAGCAUCCGGAGCUGAGGGGAACAAUGUGGUGGGGUUGCUUCGUGAUGCAAUUAAAAGGCGAGGGGAUUUUGAAAUGGAUGUGGUGGCCAUGGUGAAUGAUACUGUUGCAACCAUGAUCUCUUGUUAUUAUGAAGACCACAGUUGUGAGGUUGGAAUGAUCGUAGGCACUGGCUGUAAUGCCUGUUACAUGGAGGAAUUGAAAAAUGUGGAAUUAGUGGAAGGAGAAGAAGGAAGAAUGUGCGUGAACACUGAAUGGGGGGGCUUUGGAGACACGGGUGAGCUUGAGGAGUUCCGCCUUGAAUACGACUGUAUUGUUGAUGAGACGUCUAACAAUCCAGGUUAUCAUCUAUAUGAAAAGAUUAUUGGUGGGAAAUACAUGGGUGAGCUAACGCGACUUGUGCUGCUGAAACUGGUGAAUCAAAACCUGCUCUUCAAUGGCGAGGCAUCCCAGCUGCUGAAAACACAAGGCAGCUUUGAAACAAGAUUCCUCUCACUAAUAGAAAGUGACACAGGGGACCAGAAGCAGAUCUAUAAUGUCCUGACAAAACUAGGUGUGUUGCCAUCCAAAGCAGACUGCGAUAUUGUCCAUUUGGUAUGUGAGAGUGUUUCAACAAGGGCAGCACAUAUAUGUGCAGCUGGAUUAGCAGGUGUUAUAAACCGAAUGUGGGAGAACAAGCACAAGGAAACAAUGAAGAUUACAGUUGGAAUUGAUGGAUCUGUUUACAAGUUACAUCCUCACUUUAAACAUAGGUUUCACAAAAUGGUGAAAGAACUUGCACCUCCCUGUGACAUCACUUUUCUCCAGUCUGAUGAAGGCAGUGGUCGAGGUGCAGCAUUAAUCUCCGCAGUUGCAAGAAGGAUGGCCAGCUGA